CACUCAGUGGAGGCUUUCUCUUUCCUUCCUCCUCUCCAGCUGCAGGAAGGGUCAGGGUGUGCGCUCCUCUCUACAUACACCAGUGCCUGCUGAGGCAUUUCAGGGUGUGCUGAGACAGCUCAUGGGGCCAGAGCUGCCCAGGUAGCUCAGCUUCUGCAUCCUCAGAGCUAUCUCCUUGUCCCACCUCAGGCCAGCAGCUGUGCUUGGCUUAUUUGAAUGGCCGUCAGCGUGAGCAUGGCUGCAAGUUCUGCUGUCAGACUGAGAAAUUAUGAUUUAGAGCAGCAGGUCUCUGUGGUUCUGUGAGGUGAACCCAGAAACAUGUGCUACCGACACCUCUUGGGGAGUGACUUUAAAUGUCCUUCCGUGCACCUACAUGGCUGCGGUGGCACCUUGGGCAGCCGGCGAGGCUGGGCUGCAUUUUCAAAAUCUACUGCCUCAAAAAGAAAAAAAUAAAAUAAAAUCUCCCACCUGUGUGUGAAGAGGUCACACUCAGCUUAGUGGGUCUGCAGCCUGCUUUCUCCAGUUUGACUGGGGUGCCACCUUAAAUGUCAAUGCACGAGCCUGGAAUCCGGCUGUGCUACAGUGUAGGCUUACACCCGCGCACACUGGUGUGUACUUUGCCUCGCUUCAACCAUACAAAAAUAGAUGGGAUCCACUACCUAAGAUGUCAUUGUAAUGUUACUUAUCUGAGGUGAAACUGAAGCCCUUAUCUCUGACUCUGAGCGGCAAUUAAGUGCAGAGGUUGCCUUUUAAAGGCAUCGAUUCUUUGGCUUGGAUCCUUGAACACUGAACACCAUGAGCAACUACACCGUGUCUCUUGUCGGCCCGGCUCCUUGGGGCUUCAGGCUCCAAGGUGGCAAGGAUUUCAACAUGCCCCUGUCCAUCUCUCGGCUUAGUGACGGUGGAAAGGCAGCCCGAGCACACGUGGGGAUUGGCGACGUGGUUCUCACCAUUGAUGGGAUAAGUACUGACGGAAUGACUCAUCUAGAAGCACAAAACAAGAUCAAGGCAUGUACAGGCAAUCUGAACAUGACUCUGCAAAGAGUUGCUUCUGUACCAAAACCUGAUCUCAUUCAUGUACCAAAGGAAGAACCUAAAGAAGUAGUUAAGCCUGUGCCCAUUGCCUCUGCUGCUGCACCCAAAUUCACUGCCACAGCCAGCGUGGCUUACAAUAAGACCCCGAGGCCCUUCGGAGCUGUGACCUCCUCAAAAGUCACCUCCAUCCCAUCACCAUCCUCCGCCUUCACCCCAGCCCAGGCGGCGGCCGUGCCCCCCGCCCCGGCCCCGUUUGCUGCACCAGGACUGCAUGUUAACGCCAAGCCUAACGCUGACGGGUGGCCACCCGCGCCGAGCACUGCUAAACCUGCCGUUAAUGUCCCACGGCAGCCCGCCACGCACAAUGCCGCCCCGAGCGGCCAUGUCAGCGACGGUGCCCAGGAGGUGGCGGAGGGGCCGCGACGAGGAUUCAGAGAGAACCAGGGUGACAGUAAACAGCAAAAUGGGAAAAUCCCACCCAAACGCCCCCCGCGGAAGCACAUUGUGGAUACUUAUACGGAGUUCUACCACACCCCUACUCACAGCGAUGCCAGCAAGAAGCGACUGAUCGAAGACACUGAGGACUGGCAUCCCCGGACAGGCACCACCCAGUCACGCUCCUUCCGCAUCCUUGCCCAAAUCACCGGCACUGAUCACAUGAAAGAACCAGAACAUGAAGCUGCAAAGAAGACUAAGGAAAACCAAACAGAAAAUGGAGAGCUCAGCAUACCUGCAGAUCUGCAUAAUGGAGCAGGAGCCCAGGAUAUUUCUACUAAUCUGAGUAAAAACUCUGUAGCUACUCAGGCUUUGGAGAUACCAUCUGUACCAGAAUUUCCAUCUACACCUUUACCACCUAUGAGUGAAAACGGUGCUAGACCAGAAUCUGCAGCUGCUUUUCUGCCGAUAGCAGAGUCCUCCCAUUGCAGUGCCCCCUCUCCCAGACCUGCUGAACAUGUUGCUGCAACAUCUUCGGGGAGGAGAAUAACUCCCGAGUUGCCUGCUCCCGAUUCAGCAAUCCUUCUGCCAAGCGCAGCUGGUACAGAGCCUCCGCUCCCUGCAAAGUGCAGUGUGGCCACGCAGACCCCGGAGCCCCCUCUGCCCACCCCUGCAGCUGUGCAGCCACCUUUUGCAGCCCCGUCUAUGGAAGCAACUCUCGUGGAGCCUCCCCAUCCUGCCAGGCAUGAUACAUCUAUCUCUACUUGUGAAACAAGUUCUUUCAGUAAAAUUUCAAGCAGUCAGUCUAAAUCAUCCGUAAGUCGUUCAAGUUUGUGUGCUAGAACAGUACUGCUGGGAAGUCCUUUGGGAAGUCUGCCCAAGCCUGGACCUGCUCCUGUUCCCGUUUUUUCUCCUUUCAAGCAGAGAUCAAAAAUUAAGAGCAUGGCUGCUGCUGCUGUGUCUGCUGCCAUUGCUGUCCGGGCCAGACUCUCUGAACCUAGCGUCUACCGUUCGCUCUUGGAUGCCCUGCUCAUCACCCCUGUCACUAAACCUCCUCUGCAAGCCAUUGGGCCCUCCAGGAAGUCAACAAGUGCUCUGGAGCUGCAAAAGAGCAAAAGUGACUCCAUGGAGCCUACCCAACCUGCUGCUUACACAGCCACUUCAGUGAGGAGCAUGCCUGCCAGCUAUGAAAGCCCAGACACUAGACCUUCUCCCAACAACACCACGUCUGCUGCAGCCCUCAAGCCAACAGGGCCCCCAAGCACUGCUAAGUACUCGGGCUGGCAGCCUGCAAAUCAAACAGCUCCUGCCAGUGGAUGGACAUCAAACAGUAUUAAACCGUCUGGAACAACUGCCCCGAGUCAAAAGUUUGCGACACCACCUCAGCUAACGGAGCAAGACACAUUGGUUCAGAGGGCAGAGCAUAUUCCAGCGGGAAAACGUACUCCCAUGUGUGCACAGUGUAAUCAAGUCAUUAGAGGACCCUUCUUGGUGGCCUUGGGGAAGUCGUGGCACCCAGAGGAGUUUAAUUGUGCUCACUGCAAAGCCUCCAUGGCUUACAUUGGAUUUGUGGAAGAGAAAGGGGCUCUGUAUUGCGAGGUCUGCUAUGAGAAGUUCUUUGCUCCGGAGUGUUCAAAGUGCCAGAGAAAGAUCCUUGGAGAAGUAAUAAAUGCUUUGAAACAAACUUGGCACGUUUCCUGCUUCGUGUGUGUGGCCUGUCAUAACCCCAUUCGCAAUAAUGUCUUCCACUUAGAAGAUGGUGAUCCCUACUGUGAGACGGAUUACUAUGCCCUCUUUGGUACUAUGUGCCAUGGCUGCGAAUUCCCCAUUGAAGCUGGAGAUAGGUUUCUUGAAGCCCUGGGCCACACUUGGCAUGACACUUGUUUUGUAUGCUCGGUAUGCAGUGACAGUUUGGAGGGUCAGACUUUCUUCUCCAAGAAGGACAAGCCACUGUGCAAGAAACAUGCUCACUCUAUCAACAUCUGAUGCUUGGAGCUCAUCCUGUUUAGCAAAUGUACUGAGCAGAAAGAAAGGUUAAAAUGUCCAUGUUUGAUUGUUAGUUAAAGUUAUUUAUAUAUGCUUUUCUAAAAAUGGAAGACAAAUGUGGAAAUUUUAGUGAUUUUGUACGCUAUUCUUAGAGUGUUUGUCGGUUAGGGGUUUGCUUCAUAAAAAGCAGGGAAUCAGGAAUUACACCCAAGUGAAAAUAUUAGAGUGCCUUUACUUCGCUACUUGGCACGUUACUGUAUUGGUCUCAUGAUUUUAUGACCACAUUUAUAUAUGCUUCAAUAUGAGAAGUGAAGUUUCUCUAAAAAUGAGUACCUGAUUUUAGAUUGUUGGGUUUGCUGCUAUUCAACAAAUAAAAGGAGAUUGGCUUCAGUGGUCCAGAUCACUUUAUUGUGCUGAUGUUUUUUAAGGUGUGUCUGGAAGUACUGAAGCUAAACUCCGUUAAAGAGGAACUCAAAGCAAUGAUAAGAUUAGGUGGAAUGUAGUUCAACAACUAAUAUUUUCAUCUGAUGCUCAGCUUCAUUAAGCCUCCUGCACCAUUACACAUACCUGUGCCUUUUAGAUCUCCGAUGGGUCUGCAGAGGACAGAGAUUUUUACAAAGCCAUCGUGUGAUGGCUGCGCUAGUGAGCACGGAUGAUUUAAAGACGCCAGUUGGAAGAAAACAUAGAUGGGAUACUGUUCCUUAAACCACAGCAUGUGCUACCAGAAUACUAGCCAAAAUAAAGCAAUAGUGAGAGUGUGCUUGACAAGACAAUAAUGUCAGAUCAACUCUGAAGUAUAAGGGAGUGGGUACUAUAUUCUUAUGUUCACAGUUCAAGUUUUAGAUAGUUUUCAGUGCCUUGGAAAGGGGAAAAUGCAUUGAAUCUGCAUGUAACAGUGUCUUAUAUCCAGAAUGUGAGACUUCAGUGUUUAAUAAGGAAAACUUGUGAAGUGCAACUGAGGACAUUGUUUUUCUCUCAGUAUAUUCUUUAUGAUGUAGCUCAUGAAUAUGUAUAUUGGUGGUUUGCCAGGUAGCAUACUAUAAACUUAUUUUCUUGCUCAGCUGUUAUGAUUUUUAUUAGUUUAGUUUUUUCUCUUUUCCACCAGAUGUAAGGAAUAUAUUGUUAAAUAAUAUAAUAUUGAGUUAGGCAGUCCAGUAUCUCUCAGUUCUUGCAAGGGAACAGAGACAAUACUGUCAUUAUGCAUUUACUGCAAGCCAGGAGAUGUUGCCAGUCCUGUGGCUUGAUAUGAAUUUUGCCACAGUGUCAGCACAAGACCCAUGCACCAGCUAAGUCCCACUUACCUUCAGAUUAGGGUUUAAGUGGUAUGGAGCAAUAGUAGGCGUAUAGGGAAAGGGUGAUAACCCUCUGCACAGGGUGAAUUUUACUCCAGCAGAGCUGCACAACAGAGAAGGAGGCCCUCUCGGGGCCAGAUUAGACUCCUGAUGCAAACUGAAUUUACAUGCUAUUAAGUUCAAGUUAGAUGUCAGAGCUGAAUUGCUAUGCUUUAGUGCUACUUCCAGUAGACUUUAGAAGUGCACUGGGUGGUUGUUUGUUUUGUUUUGUUUGUUUGUUUUAAUUAUUGAUAAAAAGGAGAGGUUUAUCCAUAAAAUCAUGAGGACAAUUACAAAAAAAUACUAUGGUUGAGUGAAGCAAUUGUAACAAGAAACAUCAACACAAGAGGGGGAGAAAAAAAACACAUCAAAAUGUUUACACUCUUAUAUGUACACCCUUCUGUGCCUGUGGCUGAAAAUCAGGAGGAUAAGGGCAGACUAGACAAGAUACAGCAGUAUGAGCCAGCUUGCUUUAGAAAUUAGUGGAAUGUGGAGCAAUGAGUCCUGAAGACUAGGUGUCAGUACAGCUGUAUUGCACAUGCAUGAGGAAAGAGGAUGCGAAUGCACGUGAUAAGGUAAUUUCUGAAAUUCAGACCUUGCUAUUCUGAAGUAGGAUAGAAGCUAUUCAGUGGACACAAUGUUUGCCAGUGUCCAUAAAGACAUCUUUUCUUUCUUUUUUUUUUUUUAUUUUUUUAUUUUUUAAUUUUUAUUGGAUUUAUGUUUCUAAUACAUAUGCUCUAGGUUUGAAAUUUCACAGUUGUUAAUGAAUAUGAGCACAAACACCUGAAAGGCUCCAGUAGUACUAAUUCACUUAGCUGCUUUGCCUUUUAGUUUCUGCUUUGUCUAUUUGUUUAAAAUUUAAAAAGGAAGCAUAGAGUCAGUGAUACAUACUGCAAAUUUAAUGGGUCUCUUGAAUUAUAUAAAUCAACUAAAGCAAAAAGGAACAUAAUGUUUAUCAUGAUUUUAAUAAGUGAGAUUUUAGUAGAGCACUUUAUAAUAAUGCCAUAUAUCUCACUGAAUAUUUAUUACUUUUUUGUUGUUUAGGACUAUUUCAUACCAGUAUCUUUGUAUUUUGUUUUAUUUGUAAGCCUGCCUAUUUACCUCUAGAAUUUUUUGGUGUGUCAGUGUGUGUAUUUAUAUAUACUUAUCUAUGUAUGCACACGUGUGUGUACAGUGAGACGUACAUAUAUAUGCACAUAUACAUGUGUAUAUUUGAUUGCAGACUUGAGAUAGCAAAAUCAGCACCGUUCCAUUGUCAUCUGGGGAUAAGAUUUCCAACUAUUUUUCAUAAAACAGAUCUACAGCAUUCAUGUUUUGAAGGAAAGUUAAAAAGCCAGGAGAACCCUGUUAAUAAUCUAACUACUGUAGGGUUUUGCAUGCAUUUUCAGUCAGUAAUUACUUUUUCUUCCAAAACUGUGCCUGUUAAAAGAAUUGGGUUUAACUCUGAAGGUAGAAGGUCUUUAUUAGUCGAAUAAUCGAAUCGUGAUGACACUUUCAAUAUAUUGUAACUAAAUAAUUCAGAAAUAUGUGUAAAUAUAAUAAAUGCUUAAUAUAACAAUGCAAUAAACGUAAAAGCAAAACUUGA